GCUGCCAAAAGGAGGACGCGUGCACAGGCAGGAUUGGCUGCUUUGGGGGCGCAAAAGGGCCACCUCCAUGGUUUGGUCUUCCCUGCCAACUUGGGGUCGAAGAUCAGCUUCACGAUGAAGCCACCAGAGGAUGCUGUGGAGGGUGUGGCUGCAAGCAGCAUCAAUGUUGUCCUCUACCAGGAUGCCUUUUAUGUUCCCAAGGCUCAUGGACUGCCAUCCAAUUUGAGGAAUCUGAAGAUUGAUCAGAAGCAGGGCGUCACUGUUCCGUGGUAUCCCAACACUAUCUCCUCGGCUUGGUACUAUGCCAGAAUGAUUGCUGGAUGGAUCACUAUGAAGUAGAGAGGAGGACCCUGAGAAUGCUGAGC